AUGGGAAGUUGCGUCGAGGCCUUCAUUCCGCACGGCGAUCAUGUGGACGAUGUGGUCAAUGAGGACGCCGGCGAGAAUGGCUCCUUGACCAUAUCUAAAGACAGAGAGACCCUAGCUCAUAUAGGAUACCGCUCAGACGUGGAUGGACUGCGAGCCGUCGCUGUGCUGAGCGUCAUCGCCUACCACAUGAACACAAGAUGGCUGCCAGGAGGCUACGCCGGAGUCGAUAUUUUUUUUGUCAUUUCUGGAUGUGUUGUGACUGCGUCUCUGCUCAAUCACUCGUGCGGCAGCUGCUCGGAGUUCUUCUGCGGUUUCUACGCCCGCAGGGUCAAAAGGCUGACCCCAGCGCUGCUAAUUUCCACGGCGUCCUGUGGACUCUACAUCGCCAUCAUGGUACCGCCCAUGACUCCUCACCUGGAGGACAACUUCGCAGCCGCCGCCAGUGCGCUCUGCGGCGCUUCCAACGUGUUCUUCGCGCGGCUCUCCCAGGCGACUGGCGACGGCUACUGGGACGAGAUGACGGGGCAGAGCAGGAACGCCGCCAAUCCAUUCGUGCACACCUGGUCUCUUGGCGUAGAAGAGCACUUCUACCUCGUGUUUCCCCUUCUCGUCUUGCUCGCGCACGGCUGCCGAGUUGUUGCCUCGGCUGGCUGCCGUCCGCCAUGGCCGGCAUCCCUCAUCAUCUUUGGGGCGUCCGCUGUGCUCUCCGGUUGUGCAUCGCGGGUGAUGACCGUGCACGUCCCAGACAUGGCCUUCUAUCUGCUGCCCGCGCGCUUCUGGGAACUGGCGGUCGGCGCCAUCCUCGCCGACGCCCACGCUGCUGGGAGGCUGGACAUGACAGCGGACGGGAGAAGCGCAGCAGUGGUGGGGGCUCAGGACCUGGUGGCCACACUGCUAAUAGCCUCGAGCCUCGUGCUUGACACGGUCGGCGUGGGCUUCCCCUUUCCCGGCGCGCUGCUUCCCGUGGCGGGCGCCGCUUGCGUCAUCAUGGCAGGGCGGUGCGAGUCGAGCGCCCUGAGACGCGUCCUGGGGCAGGAGCUGCCAGUGUACAUCGGCAAGCUGUCCUAUCCUCUCUACCUGUGGCACUGGCCUGUUCUUAAGUUCGCUGAGGGGACUGUGUUGGACGAUAUGCCCGUCGCCUGGAGGUACCUCCUGCUGCUCUCAGUCAUGCUCGCGCUGGCCUCUGCGACGUACCACGCGGUGGAGGGGCCUUUCCGGUCUUGGCGGCCCAAGGCCCACUGGCACGCGUUCGCCAUGCUGCUGCCCGCCGCUGUCGUCUUGGCGGGCUGCAUGCUCGCACUUCGCGGCCCGCUGUUCGGCAAGCUGAGCGUGUCGGCAGGAAACUCAGAGGUCCCUUCCGCAACCAUGGCCUCGACCUCGAGCAGCCCAGGGGAACACGUCCACCUCGAGCAGCUCGCCCCCGCGAGCCAUGACCUGGCUUUAACAGCUUGCGCGUGCGGCAGGGUUCCUGAAUUCACGCAUGCGCCAGCGACUGCAAACGAUGGCAGGGAUGGUCAGCCGUCUUGCUUGGACAUGAGCGGUGGCUCUGAGCUGAACAAGAGCUGCUGGGCCGUCUAUCAUCGUUGCAGCGGCGAUGAAUGGUGCGACAAUGCGUGCGAGUCUCCAGGGAAAAACUGCACGCAGGAGAAGCGCAUGGACGAAGCCUUGAUCGAGCUCUUCGACAGAAAGAAGCGGCAGUGCUUAUCGCCAGCGACAGGAGCACAGAGGAAGCCCACGAUCUUCUUAUUGGGUGACUCGCACGCGCUCUUCUUCAAGCAUGCUCUGACGCAAGCAGUGAGGUCGGCGGAUUUGAUGUGCGUUCGUGGGCGAGCGUCCACUUCAUCGAUGGCUUCUGGGACUCCAAUCUUGAUCCCCAGAGAGGAUAUCCAAGUAAGAGGUAUCAUACCGAGCUUCGGGAGCUGA